AUGUGUCUGUCCGUGUGGGUGCUGGACGGCCAUCCGCUCUACGCGCUGCUCCUCGCCUCCAACCGCGACGAGCUCCUCGCUAGGCCCACGGACCCCGCGCACUAUUGGCGUGACGACCCGCGCGUGCUGGCGGGGCGCGACCUGCAGUGCGGGGGCACGUGGCUGGGCGCGAGCACGGGCGGGCGCGUCGCGUUCCUCUCCAACUGCUGGGCCGUCCGCAAUCGCGCCGACGCUGUCAGCCGCGGCGCCCUCAUCUCCGACUUCCUCCAGGGCGCGUGGCGCGCGGACGGCACCGAAGGCGCAGGGGGCGCGGAAGGCGAGGAGGGCGCGGAGGGCGCAGGGGGUCCGCGCGAGUACCUGGAGUCCGUGGCGCGGCGUGCGCACCUCUUCAACGGGUUCAACCUCGUUGCUGCUGACGUGGCAUUUGACGAGAGCAGGCACAGCGCGGAUGCGGCAGCAGUGGAGGAGCAGGACCAGGAGCGGAAACAGGGGCGAGCAAGCACAGAGGGGGGAUGCGCAGAGGGCGCAUGUGGGGAGGAAGCCAGCAGUAGCCCCUCCGCGCAUGUGCGCAUGUACUACCUGACCAACGCCCCGCCUCAUGAGGGGGGGAGCGCAAGUAGGGGCGCAGAUGGUGGCGGGAAGGAGCGGGAUGGGGCGGCAGCAUGUGGUGUGAUGGGCGUGGAGAGAGGGCUGCAUGGACUCAGCAAUGCGGCUCUCGACACUCCCUGGAGCAAGGUGGAGCGAGCCAAGGAGCACCUAGCUGAGCUGCUGGCGGAGAGUAAGGGGGGCGAGGUGCCAGCAGAGGUGAUUAUAGAGAGAGUGCUCAUGGACGCGUGGCAGCCUGUGCACCCUCACACCAGUGCUGACGUGGCUGAGGCAGAGCACUGCCCUAUGGGGCCGGAGUAUGAUCAGAGGCUGACACCUGUCUUUGUCAACUGUGACACUCCCAAGGGGGCGUAUGGAACGCGCAGCUGCAUAGUGGUUGCGGUGCACCGCUCUGGGCUGGUCGAGUUCACAGAGAAGUCCAGGAGUGCGGGGCCUUCUCACACCAGCAGCUUCCGACGCCGCACCGCUGCAGCUGCGCGCCUACUCUGUCGUGACGAGCGCAUGGCUGCUGCUCCUGGCGGCUGCACGGCUGCUACUUCUGGCGGCCCACUACUGCUACUCCUGGCUGCACACGACUUUCUCCUUCCGACCGAGGUGAACCCCGGAGGCAGCUGCAACUGGUACGCAAGCACCUGGUGGCUGCUUCUGCUCCUGGCGGCUGCUUCUGCUCCUGGCGGCUGCAUCUGCUCCUGGCAGCUGCUUCUGCUCCUGGCAGCUGCUUCUGCUCCUGGCGGCUGCUUCUGCACCUGGCGCCUGCGUCUGCAAAUGUCUGCCAGCGGCACCCCGUGA